CAGCACGCCACGCCACACACGCAACAAACGCAUUCAGACACCCACACGCCUUCUGCUUCUGCACACCCACCCACGCCCCCACACCCCACUGAUCAAGGCUGUGUGCUUUCUGCCUGCCAUCUGCAGGAGAGGCCUAGCACGCUCACACCCACAUCCACACCCACAGAGACACACACAUGGAUAGACACGCACGAUAGGUCCCGCAUGGAUAAUGGCGCACACAGGCGUGUCCGCACCUUCUACGCUGCCUGCUAGCUGGCUAUGGUGUCGACUCGCCUGAUGUCUGCCCGUCCAGACCGACAGACAGACAGGCAGAUCGCCGCGCCUCUCAGCCCUUCUUCUGGGCGGACUUGAGGCGACUCGCAGAGUCGAAGCGCUCGUCAAACCCCUGACACACACAGCCACAGAGGGCCGACCCGUUGUGCGUGGUGUGUUCCAUCUCUGCCGGCCGUAUCAUAUGCUCUGCUGACCUUGUAGACGGUGCCCUUGGCCUCGGCCGACAGCCGGCGCCUCAGCACCACCUGCCGCUUCUCCUCUAUCGCGGCCGCCUCCAACUGACGCAACCACACACAACACACAAUACACCAUGAGGCCUCAUCCAUAUAUUCCUUUCUCUCCCACCCACCCCCUCACUGACCCCCCGCUUGAAUGACUGCACCCAUGUCUGCGUGUUGGCCGACCACUGCCAGCGCCACAACGCCCCCUCCGGCACGGGGGAGGGAGGCGGGUAGGGCGCCUGCUGGUUGAUGGUGUCGUCCCCCUGGCCAUCUCCCUCGCCCUCGCCCUCACCCUCGCCGUCCGCCCCCUCCCCCUCCUCUGCGUCACUGGCGUCGACCCUGGCCCUGUGGUGCAGCGUCAACGAAGGCAUGGGUGUGGUGGGGUCGUUGGAGACGGUCUCGACGGACAGCCGGUACGGGGCCUGCAGGGAUCCAUGGGCAUGCCACAGCAGCAGGGAGGGGGGCGGGUGUGCAGUGGUGUGCAUGGCCUUCUUACGCUGUCUGAGCUACGGUUGGAGUCCCGACCGCCAUCGUGGACAUCAAACGCAUUCUGCAGUGACACACAUCACAUUGCAACACAGCACAUGCCGGCCGUGGCAUCAAUUGUGUAUCGUGAAUGUAUCGUGUUUGGCGUGUUGGGUGGGUGUGUUGUGUGUGUUGCCGUACCGGCGAGGAGAUGGGCGAUGCCAUGGCGGCCGCACCGCUGCCACCGCCGCCCCUCUUCUGCACCACCACUAUCUCCUUGCGCACCCCAUAGUCAUCGCCAUCGUGUCCGCCAUCCUCUACAACCACCUCAUCAUGGCACUCAGCCUCUACCUGCGGGCAGAAACCACCUCCACAACUCUCACCAUCCUUCUCUCUCGGCUGCGCAUAUUCUCACCUGAAGUCCCUUGCCCUUGUUGCUGCAGCUGAUGUUGCGUGAGCGGAUCAUGACUGUGGAGGGGAGCCGACUGCCGGGCCGCGUGGAUGCAGCCUCACUCGCCUCACUCAUCGCAGCCACAGACUGAACCGACUGAGUGAGGGAUGCCAUGCCCACAUGCCAUCCAUCCAAUGGUAUCUAUGGCUUCCUUCCUUCAGAUUCUCACCUUGGCUGACGUCACCGCCCUCUCCGACAUGCGGGCU